AUGGACUCCAGGUCUCUCGGACUUCCCUUUAGCCUGUCCGCUUCAAAAUCGUCGCGCGCAUCGACGUCUGGAUCAGCAUCAUCGUCGUCUUUGUCAUCGUGGGGCUCUAACCGGUCUUACAGCCGGGAAACGCAGUCUCAUCAUGACCGCUUUCCGAGGGCAUCGUCGUACAAAACCGAUGUGGACGUAAUGAGUUCUGGCUUUCGGAGUUCAUCCAGAGACUACGGCACAUCCGACUCCUACAGCAGCAACUGGAAGUUGCGAUCCUCUCUUGCGUUAUCCGGACGAUCUUGUGAAAGCCCGUUGGCGGAACCUGCGGUCGGCAGGAGUAAACUGAAGGACCUGGACGCGAACUACGGCCUUAAUAGCGUGUUUACCAACAUUGAUGACGGUGAGAAUAAGCGGGCCAAGGUGACCUACAGAAACAGAGGGCUGUACCCGACAACGUCCAGCACCUCACUUGCGGGAUCGCUCUACUCUAGUAGUGGGCUUACCAAUGUCCGCGCAGGUGUUACAGAGAAACACGGCGAGCCGCCAGAAUCAUCUUGGAUCUCAAAGCGCUUUCCGCCGCGAUCUUCAGCUUCCGCUUCGAGGCCGUUGGCGUCGUUGCGCCGAGAGUCAGAGACGCGUACUGAGCCCGCUUUGCCGGGGCUGCGGGAAAGACCCACAAGAAUCCACGAACUGACGUCAUCUUUGUAUCAAACUGAGCGUCUGACCUCCGCUUACGCCCAAGGUGCUCGUCCCAAGGAUCCGUCCUACUCCUCUUACGGCCUCACGACCGCCCGGGAAAGCGCCCCAGCUGGUCACGUUGCCGCCCCCCGCUUCUCUGCGUCGCGGGACUACUCAGUCAGACCAUCAUCAACAAGCUUCUCGAACGCCUCGUACGGUCGCACCUCGCCCGAAGAAGUACCCUCCUCCCGCCGAGCGGAAGCCCCGCCACCUCCACGACGCGACUCCGAGGGACGCCGCCUUUUAUCCGCCCUCCUCUUGUCCCGCGCUGGCCGAGACUCUUCGUCAAGCGGGGGUUCUUCGGACAGCGAUGAAGUGGAGAAUGCCAACGAGCCGGACAGAGAGGCUGCCUCCGGCGGGUGGCACGGAGCCCCAGCGAGGAGCGGCGGAAACUCUGGUCCUUCUCUCCCCUCUUGCCUCCAAAGACGAGAAGAGCGCACGCUUCGGCUUCCUCAGCACUUGCUAAGAAGGUGGGACGACCUGGAACGGAGGACGCCUCGGAGUGACGACGACAUCGAAGAGAGACGAGGGGCGGCCGCUUCUGACCGCUCUGAGGAGCCCCGUCCUCGUGAGCCGGAGGAAGACAGGUCCCCUCGAACCAAGGAAAAUUUAGUGGACCUCAUGUUGCGCCGUAGGGUGACGCGGAUUCAAAACGCGGUGGCUGAGAAUUCGCAAGGUUGCGCCGACACCCAGCAGGAGAAGCUCCGCCUUAUUAAGGAGAGACUGCUGCUGGAAGAUUCCGACGAGGACGAAGGAGAUUUAUGCCGAAUCUGCCAGAUGGGAGAGGCAUCAGCGUCCAACCCUUUGAUCCAACCGUGCCGAUGUACUGGAAGUCUGCAGUACGUCCAUCAGGACUGCAUCAAAAGAUGGCUCUGCUCCAAAAUUGGCUCAGGUACGAAUUUGGAGGGCAUCACAAAUUGCGAACUCUGCAAGGAGAAGUUGCGCUUGAACAUCGACAACUUUGACAUCCAGCAGCUCUACAGGACACGCGCACAGUCGGAUUAUGACAACUUCAUCAGCAGUGGUCUCUAUCUGGUGGUCCUGUUGCAGUUUUUUGAGCAGAGGUUCUCCGAUGUCCUGGGGGCCAUCGACGCAGCGGGGGUCCUCAAGAGGAACCAGAUGGCCGACCUUCUAUCGAUUUCUCCGACCUGGACGACGAUCUCGACGAGGAGUACUAAGGGCGAUCAGCCAUCCCGCUAA